GUGAAUGAGCGAUUGGGGUGCAGUGACGGAGUCCGAGCGGCAGGGCUAACCUGGGCUCACAGCACACGCCCGGGGCAGGUGAAUGAGCGAUUGGGGUGCAGUGACGGAGUCCGAGCGGCAGGGCUAACCGGGGCUCACAGCACACGCCCGGGGCAGGUGAAUGACCGAGCGGGUGCAGUGACGGAGUCCGAGCGGCAGGGCUAACCUGGGCUCACAGCACACGCCCGGGGCAGGUGCAUGAGCAAUUGGGGCGCAGUGACGGAGUCCGAGCGGCAGGGCUAACCGGGGCUCACAGCACACGCCCGGGGCAGGUGAAUGAGCGAUUGGGGUGCAGUGACGGAGUCCGAGCGGCAGGGCUAACCUGGGCUCACAGCACACGCCCGGGGCAGGUGAAUGAGCGAUUGGGGUGCAGUGACGGAGUCCGAGCGGCAGGGCUAACCUGGGCUCACAGCACACGCCUGGGGCAGGUGAAUGAGCGAUUGGGGCGCAGUGACGGAGUCCGAGCGGCAGGGCUAACCAGGGCUCACAGCACACGCCCGGAGCAGGUGAAUGAGCGAGCGGGUGCAGUGACGGAGUCCGAGCGGCAGGGCUAACCGGGGCUCACAGCACACGCCCGGGGCAGGUGAAUGAGCGAUUGGGGUGCAGUGACGGAGUCCGAGCGGCAGGGCUAACCGGGGCUCACAGCACACGCCCGGGGCAGGUGAAUGACCAAGCGGGUGCAGUGACGGAGUCCGAGCGGCAGGGCUAACCGGGGCUCACAGCACACGCCCGGGGCAGGUGCAUGAGCAAUUGGGGCGCAGUGACGGAGUCCGAGCGGCAGGGCUAACCGGGGCUCACAGCACACGCCCGGGGCAGGUGAAUGAGCGAUUGGGGUGCAGUGACGGAGUCCGAGCGGCAGGGCUAACCUGGGCUCACAGCACACGCCCGGGGCAGGUGAAUGAGCGAUUGGGGUGCAGUGACGGAGUCCGAGCGGCAGGGCUAACCGGGGCUCACAGCACACGCCCAGGGCAGGUGCAUGAGCAAUUGGGGUGCAGUGACGGAGUCCGAGCGGCAGGGCUAACCGGGGCUCACAGCACACGCCCGGGGCAGGUGAAUGAGCGAGCGGGUGCAGUGACGGAGUCCGAGCGGCAGGGCUAACCUGGGCUCACAGCACACGCCCAGGGCAGGUGAAUGAGCGACUGGGGCGCAGUGACGGAGUCCGAGCGGCAGGGCUAACCUGGGCUCACAGCACAUGCCCGGGGCAGGUGAAUGAGCGAUUGGGGCGCAGUGACGGAGUCCGAGCGGCAGGGCUAACCGGGGCUCACAGCACAUGCCCGGGGCAGGUGCAUGCUUUGCCUGGGUUCCCAGCUCUGCCUUGUACUCUGUGGCUGUGGGCAGCCCUUUGAACUCAGCCCCCCUUGGUUCGCCCCGAGGCGUUCUGGCUGUUUAAGAUCCCAGAGUAAAGCAUUGUUCAAGGGUUGCCCCUUCCCUUCGUUAGGCUCACUAAUCUCAGAUGCGCCCAGCCUCCGGGAUCAGGCUCUACCAAGGCUGUUCCUGCUUUUUCUUCCUGCUUCCCGCCCCACGUCCGUCUGAUCUAGUGUAGGUUGUAAGCGCUUCGGGACAAGAACUUGCUCACUGUCUGCAGCGCCCAGCACAAGGGGGCCUCGAGGUGCUACCCUAAGCCAGACAAUAAUAGUCGUUCCAAGAACUUUUACUCCCUAAGAAGCCUUGGAGGAAGGGGCUUGUGCAGAAGUGACUGAGGCCAUAGCCAUGGGAAUGAGAGGGCCGAGGGCUCCUGGAAUGACCUCUCUCCCUUGGCCAGGGGUGGGGCAGCCUCUAGUCCAUCCUGGCCCCUGAGAAGCCAUGAGCCGGGCCUAGCUCAGGCUCUCAGCCAUGGAUGCUGGCUGAGCCUGACCCAGGAACAGGAGAGGAAAAGGAAAGGAAAACGCACUCCUGCCAGGGAGCAAGCGCAGUCGGAGCUGGCUGGCACCUCGCAGGUUAAUUGUGAGAGCAGCCGAUUCCCUUAUUGACAGGGUAGCUUGAAAAAUGCUGAGGCAGGACAUCCGUUACACAGAGUGUCAGAGCAGGAGCCCACACUCCCAGCUCUGCCGUGCACGCGUUCACUCUCCCCGCCACACGUCCCCCUCCCUUCCCCGGCAGCCCAUCCAGCCCCCCACAACAAACCUGGCAACUUGGCCCCCAGUCCUUCAGCCUGGCUCCUCGCGCUGCACUCCCAGCCUGAGUCCAGCAGCCCCUGCACUCCCAGCCAGCUGUACGCUACCUCCGCAGGAGGAGCAGGUCCAGCCUCGCUCGCUUUUCCUCUCUUCCUUUUUCUCCUAAGGACACCCAAGAGGAUUUCUUUUUGGUCCCUCCCCCUGUUUUUAAUAUCGAAUCAGCUCCCCUCACCCCCACCCUUCCUCGCACUGUGACUCGUGCUGGGGAGCUGGGGGCUCGCUCCUUGCCCUGCCCAAGUUGGAAUCCUUUCUGCGACCCUCGCACCACGAGCAGCUGAGCGCCAGCGCGAUGGACACUGAUGGCCAGCUCUGACGUGCAUGGCGGCCUGUGGCGAGUGACCGCGCUGUGCCGGCGAGGGAUCCGAGCCGAUAGGGCACUGCUGCCAAGCCACCCGCCAGCACCGGGGACAGAGAGACUGCGAGGGAGCACAGUGCGGGGCGCCUCAGCCAGCUGCGCGGGGAGCGGAAGGGGAACCCCACACCCUCUCAUUGCGCUGCUAGGCCAGCUCACCCGAUUGCUCCUCUCUGGUGCUGCGCAUCCCCGCUGCCGACAUGAUGAUGUAUUUCUGGGGUAAUCAGGACGCCACGGCUCCUCCUGAAGCAAUGGCUCAGCCCUACCCCCCUGCCCAGUAUCCUCCGCCUCCCCAGAAUGGAAUCCCUGCAGAGUACGCACCCCCGCACCCCCACCCCACACAGGACUACUCGGGGCAGAGCACAGUACCGGAGCACCCCAUGACCCUCUACACCCCAGCACAGAGCCACGCCGAGCAGCCGGGCGCUGACGCCAGCACGCAGUCCAUAGCGGGGACGCAGACGGGAUCGGUAAGAGCCCCUGUGGAGCCCCGGGUGGGCAGCAGGGCCUUUCAGCAGACAGAUGAAGCUGCGCAGACAGAGAGCCAACAGCUCCAUUCCUCAGAGAACACAGACAAGCAGCAGCCCAAGAGGUUACACGUCUCCAACAUCCCCUUCCGGUUCCGGGAUCCAGACCUGCGGCAAAUGUUCGGGCAAUUCGGGAAGAUCCUCGACGUGGAGAUUAUUUUCAAUGAGCGGGGCUCCAAGGGUUUUGGGUUUGUAACUUUUGAAACUAGCACAGAUGCCGACCGGGCACGAGAGAAGCUGAAUGGCACAAUCGUAGAGGGACGGAAAAUUGAGGUGAAUAACGCCACAGCCCGAGUCAUGACCAACAAAAAGGCUGCAAAUCCCUACAUCAAUGGCUGGAAGCUGAACCCGGUGGUGGGAGCUGUCUACAGUCCUGAAUUCUAUGCAGUAACAGGGUUCCCGUACCCAGCCACGGGGACAGCCGUGGCAUACCGAGGGGCGCACCUACGGGGCCGGGGGCGUGCUAUCUACAACACGUUCCGCGCCGCACCCCCACCUCCACCUAUCCCCACCUAUGGCGCGGUCGUUUAUCAGGAUGGAUUCUAUGGCGCUGAAAUUUACGGAGGUUAUGCAGCCUACAGAUACGCCCAGCCAGCGGCGGCGGCAGCAUACAGCGACAGCUACGGCCGAGUGUACGCAGCCGCAGACCCGUACCACCACACCAUCGGCCCUGCCGCCACGUACAGCAUCGGCACCAUGGCUAGUCUAUACCGAGGAGGGUACAGCCGCUUCACUCCCUACUAGCAAGACACCCAGCCCCUCACCACACUAACACUGACUGCUCACUAGAAAGCAAACAAACCAAACUAAGCCAAGGCAGAGCCUCCCGGAAGAACACGGUGCCCCUGCCAGGGGCCAGGGCUCCGCCUGGCUCAGCGUGGCACCUAGAACCAUAGGUCUUUACCUCAAGCUGCUCUCAUCCCACGGCUCUUUGCUCACCCACCUGUCUGUCUGUGACCUGCCCUGGCUGAACUGACUGUGUUGCAAAGCAGGCAGCCUGGCCACUGCCCUGCUGCAGGGCUAGGGCGCGUCCUGCUCUCCCUAGACGUACAACCAGCAGCAAACCACGGGAGAGAGCCCAGGCUAAGCCCCCUCCUCUGCCCCCGCUGCCAGGAACACGUGAAGUCCAAAGGCCAGGGCGUUCCAAGAGAGCUGCCUUCCUGCGCAGAGCCGCGCCUGGCUUGGCACAGUCCUCCAUUCCCUGGGCCUCUUCACUGCCCCAGCUCCCUCCAGCGUCUCUGCGGCAGGCAAGCCUGCUCCUGCUAGGCUGGGCUUGUUCUUCUCCUGCAGUGACACCACAGCUGUUUCCUUCUGGGACCAGGAAAGGCAAAACAAAUUAAAAACAAAGCAACAAAACACAAAACAAAGAGGCAACCAACCAACCGAGUCCCAUACUGUCCACACACAUGCACCGAGCAAGCAGGUCCAGCAGGAGGCGCUGCACCCGCCUGAGUCACGGAGAGUACACACCGACCGGACAGCGCCACGGCCAGCUGGGCAGAGAGCCGCCCCUCUCCAACUCCACCCCUGCCCCGCGGGGCCAGCAGCCAUGUUGGGAGACUUGGGGCCCCCACCCCUCCCCAGCCUGCUGGCGCUCCCAGCCCAGGGCAGGGAGGGCGAGAGCGAGCAGUGCGGAGUGCUGGGACGGCCUCGGAGCGAGGACUCUGCCAGCCCAAGGCACCCGCCCUGGGCACCGCGUCUUCCUUUCUGCCCUCCCACGCCUGUGCUGUGGGGGCCAGGGCCCUGGGCAGAGCGCCGCAUCCUCCCGCCGCUUUGGGGGACUUGGCCUCAGGGUAGGAUUCUUGCUUUUUGUUUUCAGAGCUCCAAUGCUUUUGCGCUUGCUGGCCACUGGUGUGUUGAGUGUGUGAGGCCUCGGCUCUCUGAGCGGAGGUGGGAUGGUUGAUGCAGCAGCAGUUUGGCCGGGGCUGCUGGGUGUUGCAGGGGAAGAGCGGCUGUUUAAGAGGGAUGUUAGCUACAUGGAGGUUGUAGCUCCCUUGCAUUUUCAUCACCCCGGUGCCCUGAGCUCCGGGCUUCCCCCAGCCCCAUGGGGCUAAAGCCAAGCGGGAGCUGCUUCCUGCUCCACACCUACCCAGGGCAGACGGAGUCAGGAAGGGGCUGCAUCUGUCGGCCACAACAUGGUGCACCAGGGAUCAUAUCAGCCCCUGCCCCCCAGCAUGGAGCCUGAGGAGGCCAUGAUCCCACAGUGGCUCUCAGCCACCCCAUCACCACUGGGGGGCAGGGAGCCAAGCACACGUGUGCCCCAGCCAUCCCUGGUGCACGCACCCCCCUUAGCGGUGGCUGCAGGGUCCCUGCUCAGAGCCAGGCCUGUCCCAUGCCAGCUAGGCGCUGGAGAGGCCCACCAGGGUGAGGGGCACUAUGGGCAGGGCAUGGGAAGCAGUGGGCAGGGUUGGCCGUGAGGGGAGGACAGUGCUGGCUCUGAACCAGUGACAGGUGGGGACAGCUGGGCUCUAAGGCUGGGUGUGCUGCUAGCCAGGGCACCAGACGCCCCAGAGCCUUGCCAGCUUCUUUCAGCUGCUCACCCACAGCCGGCACGGUCCAGUUGUGCCAAAGGCCAGAGAGGCACUUCCCCCCCAGCAGCCUCGUGCGGUUAGGGUGGGCCACGGAGCUGUUUGUGAGGCUGCUGGGAAGGCAGGCGGCUGGCUGAGCCGGAUGGAUCCAGCAGGUCUCCCAACAUGGCUCUGUCAUCUCAUGAAACUUCACUUUAUAUUCAGCAUACGCUCCUGAGGCUCCAGCCAUGAGAUCCUCCUUUUCUAUUCCCGUUGUACAUAGCCCCUUCCCAGCCAGCCCCCGCUCCGCUGUACAAAGCUCCUUCCAUUUGCUGUGCUGCCGCCGCCCUGGCGGCCCCCGGCCCCAGAGCGCAGGCUGGCACCCGCCCAUUCUGUAUGCUUCAAAGCUGUGAUCAUUCUACUAAACACUAUUAU